AUGGCUGCAAAGCGAGCGCGACUUGAUAAUGUCCUGUGUGGGGGUGAUGAGCAGGCAGCUGUUGAGGCUGAUGAUCACAAGCCUGAGGGCCAAGAUGAACCUGGUGGUGGGCUUAACUUAGGAGAUCUUCGCUGCCCGGACUUUUACCUCAUUGCAUAUCCCAGUGUCGAUGACAACCUGCAGUGUCAGUGGUCUACCAAGCAACUAACGAAACUUCUUUGCCCUGGAGACGUCCCAGAUGACAAGCUGCGCAUCUUGAACGCAACCUCGGCUUUUGCGAUCGCCCAAGGAUACUACUACGGCAACUCCGGGGGAGGCUUCCUCAGACCCAGCCACUUGGCCCGAGGCAAACUGUUGGAUGAGAAGGUCGUGCCGACAACGGUCCUGAUUGCAGCGCUGAGCUGGGGAAUGGCAGGUAAACGACGCGAGCUAGGGAAUCGACAACACUGUUGCAGAUGCUUUUCGACAUUGGUUGAUGCGUGCAGUGCGACUGGCCGCCUCCGUCUGAAGUUCUAUUGCAUGACUGACAUGCCGCCCCCAGGCCAUCAGAAGUCGAAUCAGAACCAGUUGAAACGAGUGCAUCGUUGUAUUAGGCACCGUGCCGAUAGAGAUGAAGAUGCCGACAUCAUCAGAAUUUCCGCUUCGCCUACUCGUCGCUCCCGGAUCUUGGGAUCAUAUCGAGAGGCAGACGAUUGCCUGGAUGAGAUCACGACGGAAGCACCUGACAAGACUCGGACGAAGACUGCUUCCGGGAAACAGGCAAGGUUGUCCCUGAGUAUGACCCGUCGUUUCGAGAUUGUAAAGAUGGUGCGGGAUGGAAAGAAGUUUACACUCGCUGCCGCUUUGGAUCAUUUUCGCGUGCCGUCAGUGAGCAUUUGCUGGUUGGCAUUUUGGGACAUGGACUACGACUGGAGCACGCUGCAGCGCGCGUUUUCUGGAAUCAAGCAGGCAUGGUACGCUACCCAGCAGCUGGUGCCGGACACUGUCCUCUCUGUUCCUCGAUGGCACAAGGAGUCAUGGUUGUCAAAGGCUUCCUCGGCCAGUAGCUGCUGCACUGGUGCCGGCACAGCAGAGAUGUCCAGGGCAGUGUUGGAGAUGAUAGUCAAUGCCUCAGGGGCAGUGGACAUGGAGAUUUCUACGGUGGCCACAUGGGCGACAACUGCUUGGGUGCCGCAGGCAGACAAUGUGCGCCGGGCGGAAGGCCCCACCAACGCCGUGUUUCUCGCACACGGACGCAUGCACGGGGAGCUGCAGACACCACUUCUGCUGUUGGAGAAUGUGCAGGGCCUUGACAUGCAGAUGGUGCAGCAGACGCACCCCGACUACGAGUGGUACCAGAUCUUCACGGAGCCCGGGGAGCUAGGCUUUGCAGCGACAUCCCGAGCACGCACCUACGUGAUAGGGGCCCACAAGUACAAAACUGUGUGCCUGCACGACCCUUUCGAGUUACAUGAUGCGAUCAAGAACAGAAUGGCCGAGUAUGCCCAGACGACGGUGAGUGACUACUUAGUGGCUACUGAGCAGGAGAUCAUCAUGGAGGCACAAGACACCGGCCGCACACGCAAGGUGGUGCAUCGACCAGGCGUCCAGGACUACAGUUACUACUUGACUCAGAGGGAACUCCAUAGCAAAGCCGUCUUGGACAACAAGUACAGGCAAAGGUUCAACAGUGAGCCCGAGACGAACCCCAACUUGGUCUACAAUUUGGGCGACAACGCCGAGUGGAACACGUCAUGGAGUGCAUGCAGUGGUGCCUUGCCCACGUUUAGGCUGGGGUCUUCGACGGCAAAGUUCUGGCUGCCGAAAUACAGAAGGUGGCUAACCUGCCGAGAGAAGCUUGUUGCCAUGGGCUUCCCGGUCACGACCGAAUGCGCCGAAGCACUAGGCACACCCAUUGUGUUCGUUUCGGAUGUCAGGCGUGCCGCUGAUAUCCUGGGAAACUGUAUGCACUUCACGACGGCGGGGGUCAUGCAGCUCAUAGCGCUGUCCUGCUUCGGGCCUGCUGAGCUUGAACCGUGGGGCCCGAGUCCUGUACAGGCUAGGGUGACUUGGACUGUAGGCUUCGUUGCUCCAAUGUCGCCGCUGAGUGAUUUCUUUAACACGUGGCCCGAUGGAACUCGGAUGGAUGACGACAACGUGUCAAUGCGAUCUGAAGUUGCCCCUCCCGCUGCGACCUCUAAAGCCAGGCGAAGCAACAGUGCAGCGCAGCUUGAAGGUGAGCCUUCGGAGCCCAAGCGUCGUCGGGCAAGUGCUCUGCGGCCCAGUACAGCUGCCCCGGCAGGGGGCGGCGCAGCGCCAGCAGCAGCACCCAAUCCUUCGCCGGUUGUGGGUGCGCAGCAGCAGCCAGGUUUGUGGCGUUUGGUUGCGGACUCGACGCUCAGGGAAUAUAUGGAGGCAGCCGAACCUGUCAAAGCUGGGAGAUCCUUUACGAACAAGAUGGGCUCGAAGGUCGUCCGCUUGGCUUUCUAUGGCAUGUUUCGCAAACUGCCAACAGAUGCUACGGACUCGGGGGACAAGCGCACUCAGAUCACUCAGCUCAAGAACGAGUACUUGCGUUUGGGGCAGCCGAUGCAGGACUGUACGCUGCUGGACUUGGUGCGACGGGUGGAGAUCGAGUUCAGCAAGAACAAGGUCUUCGAGGUAGGCCGAGGCGCGAGAAGUUGGGAGGGUUUCAAGUUUUAG